AUGGCCGCAGAUCGCCUGAACUCGCUCCUGAGCCACCUCAAGGGUCCCGGCAGCGGAGUUAACGCCAUUACCCAGAAGAACCCGGACGAUAUUGUCAUUACGCUGUGUCUGCGCACCCCAUUGACGAAGGCUCGCAAGGGUGGGUUCAAGGAUAGUGAGCUGGACUACAUCGUAUACGCUCUGCUCAAGGAGACCCUGGCCCGGUCGAAGAUCGACCCUGCUCUGGUUGAGGAUGUCUGUCUUGGUAACGUGAACGAGGUGAAGGCCGCCUACAUGAUCCGGGCGGCUUCAUUGGCCGCCGGGAUCCCGUACACCGCCGGCGCCUCCUCGGUGAACCGCUUCUGUUCGUCCGGUCUGAAGGCCGUGCAGGACAUCGCCAACCAGAUCUCGCUGGGCGCCAUCGAUGUCGGCAUUGCAAUGGGUGCGGAGUUGAUGUCCGCCGCUGGUGACCGUCUCGAGCGCCCCUUCAACGAGGAGGUCCUCCGCAACCAAGAGGCCGCUGACUGCAUGCAGCCCAUGGGUCAGACUUCAGAGAAUGUUGGCAAAGACUUUGGGAUCUCGCGCGAGCAGCAAGACCGCUAUGCGGCGGAAUCGUUCCGUCGCGCCGAGGUUGCCCAAAAGGCUGGCUGGUUCGAUGAUGAGAUCGCGCCUAUCUCCGUUCGCGUGAAGGACCCCAAGACUGGCGAGGUCCAGCAGGUUACUCUGACCCGCGAUGAUGGUGUUCGUGCUGGUACCACUUAUGAAUCGCUCGCAAAGAUUCGCCCUGCGUUCCCCCAAUUUGGUGACAGGUCGACUGGUGGAAACUCCAGCCAGGUCACCGAUGGUGCGGCCUCCGUUCUCUUGAUGCGCCGCUCCAAGGCCAUCGAGCUGAAUCAGCCCAUCCUGGCCAAGUUCUGCGGCGCUACCGUUGCCGGUGUGCCCCCGCGCGUGAUGGGCAUUGGCCCCACCGCCGCGAUCCCCAAGCUGCUGAGCAAGUUCAACCUAGACAAGAACGACAUUGAUAUCUUCGAGAUCAACGAGGCCUUCGCCUCGAUGGCCGUGUACUGUGUCAAACACCUCGGUCUCGACCACGCCAAGGUCAACCCGCGCGGUGGUGCCAUCGCCCUCGGCCACCCCCUGGGAGCGACGGGCGCGCGUCAGAUCGCCACCAUCCUGAGCGAGGCCCGCCGCACAAAGAAGAAGAUCUUGGUGACCAGCAUGUGCAUUGGAACUGGACAAGGUAUGGCGGGACUGUUUGUCAAUGAGCAGGUGUAA